GGCUGAAUACUGUAUAAACAGCAGCAGCACGCUCCCUCCCCCUUUCCAUUGCUGUUUGUUAAACACACGCUCUCUGCCUUUCUCUCAUUCAGAAGCGAAGGCAGCAUCCAGCUUCGUGAGACAGGGCUGUCAGUCACCCUGCGAGAGGGGGCUCUCCGGGUGCUCAGGGAGGGGUUCCAAAGCUACUCCCGGCGAUGAAGCACUCUCCAGCAGCCCAGAUCCUCACCUGACUUCCUCUCUUCUCCGAGGACAGUUGCAGAAAAGUGCUUUUCACCCCUUUGCCACAGGUUGACUUCCAGAGAGUGGAGAGGACCAAGCGCUCCGUCCUGGCCAGCGAUGAGGCAGUAACUGGAGGUGAGCAGCUCGGUUCCUGGAGGAGGAGGAUGCUCUGGCCUUUGCAGACCUCCUUCUCCUUCCUCCUUAUGGAAAGUCUCAGGCCAGGCACGGGACCAUUGGAGGGAGCCAACAGCACAUUCACCAUGGAGAAGACAGCAUUAGAUGAGAAGCUGCCACAUGGCUGGCAUGCCAAGGACUUUGUCACUCCUACCCAGGGUCUCUCUGGGUCCCGCAGUGUUAUGAUGGACAGCACCAAGAUCCUGGGGGUCCAGGUCAUCUUGAUUGCUGCCUACUCCCUCAUCAUUCUGCUGGGCUUCAUUGGAAACUCCCUGGUCAUCUACAUCAUAGUGAAGUACAAGACCAUGAGGACUGUCACGAAUUUCUUCAUAGCUAAUCUGGCCCUGGCAGACCUGAUGGUGGACACACUCUGUCUGCCUUUCACCCUUGUGUACACCCUGCUGGACGAGUGGAAGUUUGGAGCUGUCCUUUGUCACCUGGUUCCUUAUGCUCAAGCUCUGAGUGUUCAUGUGUCCACUCUCACCCUGACUGUGAUUGCCCUGGAUCGGUACCGCUGUAUCGUUUUCCACCUGGACAGCAGGAUUUCCAAGAGGCUCAGCUUCACCAUCAUAGCUGUCAUGUGGGUGGCAGCAGCUGUCCUAGCAGGGCCUCUGGCCAUCUUCAGGGAGUACCGAUAUGAGGAAAUCCCAUCCAUUAACCUCAAAAUGGCUGUUUGCUCAGAAAAAUGGCCCUCUGGUAACAACAGAGAUGCCACCAUCUACAGUCUGUCCAUGCUCCUCCUGCAGUAUGUUCUUCCACUUGCAAUUAUUUGUUAUGCCUACACCAGGAUCUGGUUCAAGCUGAAAAACCAUGUCAGUCCCACUUCCAGGAAUGAAAACCAGUGCCGAAGGAGGAAGACAACCAAAAUGCUAGUGAUGGUAGUUGUGGUAUUUGCAGUCUGUUGGCUCCCCUUCCACAUAUUUCAGCUUGCCAUCGAUCUUGAUCUGGUUCUUAUCUUCCAUGACUACAAACUCCUGUACACUGUCUUCCAUGUUGGGGCCAUGUGCUCUACAUUUGCCAACCCCCUGCUCUAUGGAUGGAUGAACAAGAACUACCGGAAUGGCUUCCUUAUGUUUUUCCGCUGCCAGAACAAGCCAGAAAGCAUCAACACUGAAGGCUCGGUUAGAGGGAGGUCAUAUGUCUUCAGGGCCAACACCCUAAAUGGGAGCAUCAAACAGACUCCUGGCAAUGGAUCACUGCCCACAGAAGUUUAGGGAUGGGACAUCCACCUCCAGGAUUGAGGCUGGCUGGGCCCAGAGACAUUCUUGGGUGAAUGCCUUUUUUUGACAGAACAUUGUGCUGCCAAUUAUAGCUACAGCAGCCAUGUAGAAAUACCCCCUGUAUCUCUCAAAACAAUAAAUCUGGUGUAUUUUUGUCUGACCAAAGAAAUGAAAUUUUCCUUUUGCUGCGUUCAAGUUAUGCAUGAAAAAAUAACCCGCAGAGAAGGCUUUCAUUUAGCCAGAAAAACACACCCUUCUUGCUAUUUCCAUUUGCCAAAGUGGGUUGCACAACCUUUUACCCCCGACACAUUACACAUUACAAACGUGGAACUGUGUGUGAUUGUUCAUCUGCACGUCUCCCACACAAAAACCUUAAUGAUCCAUCUUUAGCUAAUGCCUCCAAGGGGAGGAGGACCUGCACUCUGUUCUGCAAACAUCUGAUUCUUAGUGCCAUCACUCCUCUGACCUGGGGAGGGAGUGGGCUGGCACAGACUGAGCUGGGCAAUCCAUGAUCUCUUGCCCAUCAUUUGCAUAAAUGUGCAUUUGCAGCCCACGGGAUGUGCUCAAGUCCUCAGAAAGCCCAGGAGGUGGCAGUGGCACUACUUACCACAGUCUCCUUUUCAAGUGCAGAAGCAGGGCUUUGGGAAUGCCUCAUUAGGCAGGACUUGAGUGCCAGCACCCGGGAAUUAGUAGGGAGGAGAGCAGGAAGGGAAACAGAUAGGAAAGAGCUGGAGCAGCUGAUUAACAGGACUGAAACUGAACCUAAUGGAUUGCUAAAGACCCUAAGAUAUGGCUCCUGCCAUGUAAUAACUUGACAGAUGCCAACAUGACCAGAGAGGCAAAACUGCCAACGAAACCAUUCUGCAAGGCACUCAGAGGGUUUAAAGCUUUCCUCCUGCUGAGGCUGGCAGUAGUAUGGGUCUGUACACGGCUGCUUCAUUUCAGAAGACAGAUGUAACCUGCUUGCACGGUUGUCACAGAUGUGGUGUCCUCUGGCAGAAGGCAUGGAGACUAAGGAAGAUAUAUUCUUUCCAACCAAACUGUAUGUUCUCCUCCUGAAGGCUUGUGUCAGCUGGGGAGUGUAUUUUUAGCUCUGCCAUCAAAGGAGCCUUGAUUGCUACUGUGAUCUUGGUGUCAUCUCUAAAAGUCAGUGUUCAUCAGAUUGGAAAGUAACUCCCAGAUGUAGGAAAGAGACUCAACAGACCUCCUCAUUAAAAAUAAAAUGGAAAUAAAAACUUUGAUUUGUAGGUCUUCACUGAAGCAAGGACAAGAGGUAAGAAGACCUGCAGUACUGAGUACAUUGGCCUGGAUCAGGCUGCUGGGCUGUCACAUCUGGGUCCUCAAGAGAUCAAUUGCCAAAGGGCUUAUUUGAAAUUCUGCCUCCUCUCCAGCUUGACCUGCCUCUGGCCCUUGUUCUCCAGCUCAGCUUCCAACUGCCACACUAGAUUUUAAGCUCUUUGUUUAUUUCUGAUCUCUGAUCCUCUGCUCCAUUUUCCUAAAUAGGUAUAAGAAAGUUGUUUCUGGUUCCUUCCCAAGAGACAUCGGUGCCAGGCAGGGGCUGAAUACCACACUUCACACUUGGAAGCAUGGGCAAAUGGAUGCCUAAUAACCUCUUCAGCACCUGAUCCUGCAGAUCACAGCCUGGCUUUCUAUUCAGGGAAAUUCAGGAUCUAUGAAGAUCCUGUCAGGAAGUCAUUGGUGCUCCAGUAAACGGGUCCUCUGCUUCCUGACAGGCCAAGACAUGAUGGGAGAACCAAGACACAAGUUAACCCUGCUCAUGUGAGUGCUGUGGAGUGGCAGAGGGAGUUUGCUGUUUCAUCCUGACGGAAGGGGGAGGAUAUUCUCCUCCACAGCCCUGGUAAAUUCUGUCCCUACUUAAUGAGCUGGUCAUUUCUACAAUCUGUCCCUACUUAAUGAGCUGGUCAUUUCUACAAUCCAUC